AUGUUGCCACCACGAUCCUGUCGGUGUUCGGAAAAUGUAGCGACCCAUUUGGGGUGGCAAGAGGGGUGUCAACCUGAGUCUCACUUUCUUGGGAAUCACCGACAAGAAGAGGUUGGGAGGAUGUGGAGUCGUCGUGUGGUCCAACGAUUUCUGAUUGUCCCUGGUAAAGUAGCCCAGGAAUAG